CAGCCCUUGUUCUUUAACAAUAGCGAGUAGUCUUCUUUCUUUUGGUGCUGCCAAACGCUCGGUCAUCUGGCGGCAAGGGUGAAGGCUGGAAUAGACAGUCUCGAGUUGCGCGAAGAAAUAUGCUGCUCCACCGGCGAUCUCAUUUUCCGACGCUGAAGACUCAUACCGUCUUCGCCCUGCAUUCAUCAAUCUCCACUUUUGAACGCAGCCUGUGCACGUCUUCAGCCUCUGAUGUCUUCGCGGCCCACCCCUCUCACCACCACCUCGCGAUGGUCACUUCCAAGGAGCAGCUCCUCAAGUCCUACACCGUCACGCCACCGAUCAAACCUUGGCCGCAGCGCCUCUAUCCCAAGCGCCUCGUCUCCAUGAUCACUCGCCAACAAAACCUCGACCUCGCUCUUCAAAUUUUCCAGCACGCCGGCAAUUUUCACCCCGGCUUUUCCCACAAUUACGACACCUACUAUGCCAUCAUCCAGAAGCUGUCGCGUGCUCGCGCUUUUGAUGAAAUGGAAAUCCUAGUGUCCCAAUUGCGGAGGACCAACAUCAAAUGCGGCGAAAACCUUUUCAUUACCAUCAUCCGAAACUACGGCAUUGCGAGCCGGCCUAAACAGGCCGUUCGUGCAUUCUUGCGCAUCAAUGAUUUCGGCCUUGAUCGAUCGGUGAGGUCUUUUAACACUCUGUUGAAUGCUUUGGUUCAAAACAAACGGUAUGAUUUGGUGCACCUCAUGUUUAAGAAUUGUAGGAAGAAGUUUGGGAUCAUACCCAAUGUCUUUACUUGUAAUAUUCUCAUCAAAGCCCUAUGCAAGAAGAAUGAUGUUGAAGGUGCAAUUAGGAUUUUGAAUGAAAUGCCGGCGAUGGGAAUGAUUCCCAAUGUCGUGACCUACACGACUAUUUUAGGGGGGUAUGUUUCGCGGCUUGAUAUGAUUGGGGCAAAGAAGAUUUUUGGAGAAAUUUUGGAUAGAGGAUGGCUCCCAGAUGCAACUACGUAUACAAUACUGAUGGACGGCUUUUGUAAGCAAGGGAAGUUGAUUGAUGCAGUUAAGGUGAUGGAUGAUAUGGAGGAAAAUGGGAUUGAGCCCAAUGAUGUAACCUACGGGGUGAUGAUUGAAGCACUUUGCAAAGAAAACAAGUCUGGGGAGGCGCUUAACUUGCUUGACGAUAUGCUUGAUAAGAAAUAUAUACCAAGUUCGGCACUUUGUUGUAAAGUUAUUGACGUCUUGUGUGAAGAAGGGAAAGUUGAGGAAGCUCGUGAUUUGUGGAAAAGGCUUUUGAAGAAAAAUUGUACCCCAGAUAAUGCGGUCUCUAGUACGCUCAUGCAUUGGCUCUGUAAGAAGGGCAAAAUAUGGGAAGCAAAGAAGCUGUUUGAUGAGUUUGAAAAGGGUUCAAUUCCUAGUGUUUUGGUGUAUAACACACUUAUUGCGGGAAUGUGUGAGCAAGGGGAACUGCAUGGGGCUGGGAGGUUGUGGGAUGACAUGGUGGAAAAAGGUUAUAGUCCUAAUGCUUUCACUUACAACAUGUUGAUUAAAGGGUUUUGCAAAGUUGGUAAUGCAAGGGAAGGAGUUAGAGUUCUUGAGGAAAUGUUGGAUAAGGGCUGUUUGCCAAAUAAGUUGACCUACUCUAUAUUGAUUGAGGGCCUUUAUGAAUCAAAAAAGGAAGGAGAUGUCACCAAGAUUCUUCACAUGGCUGCUUCAAGGGGUGGAGUUGAUACUGAUUCUUGGGAAGUUCUUAUUACCAAGAUUGUUGGCAAUGUAGUUGGUGGGGGAAUUGUUCUUGAUAGAUUCAAUGGAAUAUUACUAGAUGAUGUCUCUUAGAAUCCAAAGCAUGGCAUUUUCCUGUCUUACUGCAUUUACAAGAGAGGUGGUUCCAAAACAUGUAAACUUUAGAGACGGGUGAAUUACCUUCUGUUCAUGCAAGAAAGCCAAUAUUUUGAGUGGUCUCCAAUUUGGGGGAAUACUAUGGGCAGAGGUCUUCUUGGUCUGUUACUCUGAGUCACCUUUAUAUAUUUGUGAGCAUCUUCAAAACCAAAUAGCCGAUUGGAGGUUAUAUGGUGACUGUUAUUGCCUUCCAUGCACCGAACCGGCAAUUAUCUUAUCAUCUUAGAAUGAGAACUAUGGAAAUUUUUCAGAGAACCAGGACUUCAAUACCACUUCAAAGAUAUUGUGGACCUGAUCAUCUAAGUUUGAUGAGUUUUAUUACAAGGAAUUAAAAAGGGAAGGAAAUUAAUGAAUGGAAAAGCACUAUACUCACAUUUCUCCUGGGGGGAAGUUAAUGGGAAGAAUAUCCAAGCUCAAUAAUUGCUGGAAAGAUGUUUUUCCUACCUUUUUUUUUCGUGUAUGUUCCUAUUAUAAAUUUCCUGUGGAGCUCUCUCUCUCUCUCCCCUACACCUCCUCUUUCUCUCUUGCUCUGGGAGUUGGGGCUUACAGCAGCGCCCUAGGUAUUUUCUGGGAGUAAAGAACAGAUAAUUGUGCUGGAUAAGGAACAAAGAAGUGCUGAACAUACGUUACCAGGAGGACCUCUCAUGAUUUUGUAAGUGUUCACCAUUUCUCUUUUAACAUUUUGACCACAAAUCGUUAUGUAUUAUAUUUUUUACUUGCAUCCAUGUACUUUGUUCUCAUCUAAGCCCCUCCUACCACAAUUAAAGUGUAAUUAUAUUCUCAUACUUAUUAUGAGAGUACUCAUUGGCUUCUUCUUAAAA